CAAGUCUUCUGUACGCCACGUGUCGCUUGAUUACCUAGGCGGAGAGAGGGCAUUAUUGUCAACGGGGCUCAGUAAUUACAUUAUACCUUGACAUCUUUGAAUCUCAUUGAAAGAUAUGGCUGAUAUGUUGAUGGAAAUAAUAUUUAUCAUGUUGGCGGGCUUUCCAGAAAUGAUCCUCCUGAACGAGGUUGAAAUACCAUUUGCAGUUGGGGACUUUGAAUUCAAUGGGGUAAACAUUACAACAUUUACAGACAACAGUAUGAGACCUGGAGUUGAUGUGUCCUGGGGCGAUUUUCAAGCUGGUAUGUGCUCUGAAAAUAGUAUUGGUACUAGCGUUGGUUCUCUUGGUUCGCUUGGUUCACUUGGGGUUGGAGAAAUGGGUUCAAAUAAUACUCUUUACGUGGGUAUUCCCCAAAACAACAAACUUCUGUUAGAAGUUCAUUCAGAAAAUCAAACAAGACCUGGAACUACAUUGCCUGAAAACUUUAUUAAUGAAGUUUUAACUUUUUUUCAGUAUACAACGGUUGGAAUAGUUGGUAACAUUGUUACCAUCGUAUAUAUUGUUGUAAAGAAAAAAAUACGAAAACCGUUUUUUGUUUGCAUUGUUAACCUUGCUUUUGCAGACUUGAUAUGCCUGUUAACAUAUUCAAAACGAAUAUUGCUUCCUGAAACGACUUUUGUCACUGAUCCAUGCACAUAUUAUUGGGUUGAGAAAAUCAUGGCCAUAGUCCGCAAAUCCGCAAAAUGCUUAGCACUUUUAGCAGUUCUCAAUAUGGGUAUUGUCCGAUUUCUUCUUUUUGUCUAUCCUUUAAAAAGCCGGGCUUAUUUAACAACAAAGAAGAUUUUGAUCAUUUGUGGAGUUAGUGUCCCUCUAAGUGCUGGCUACGGAUAUCUUAUCCAUUACCUAGCCCUUAACACAAUAGGAACAAUGUACUAUGUCGUUAGCGUUCUCCUUGAUGCUAUUUUCUUUAUUAUGAUUGCGGCUAUUUUAAUUCUUUUCUUUUACAAGAGAUUAAUGACGGCAAGAAGAUCAACUUCGGCACAAAAUACGAAACUAAAAAUGUCAAUCGUCACCUUGAUUAUCUUAUUCCUAAACAUAUUAACUCAGGUAGUGUCAGUCAUCGACAACCUACAGUACGUUUUAUUCAGUGAUGGUGAUCACGACUGGUUUCAGAGAUUUCAGGAAGUGUUGCUAUUAGGAGCGGAUGCGUUAGUUCAUUCUAUAAAUCCGUAUAUUUAUUUGAUAAAGUUUUCCAACUUAAAAGCAUGCUUUGUUAAACAAACUGCCAAUGGCACCAAGUAA